GAGCUCAAAGUGGCACAAAUGAUUCCCACUCCCUAUAUUUCCAGUUUUGUCAGCAUAGCAAGCCUGUGAGGCCACAAGUUUUUUGUUGUUGUUUCGCUGGCUCUAUUAACAAUGGACCAGAAAAUCCUGACCUUAGUGGCAGAUGAAAAAGCUGAGCAACUUCAGGCAUGCCUGCAAAGCCUGAAAGAAAAUGAGUUGAAAGGCUUAAUCACAAAGCAGGCUUUGAAGGGAAAGGAGAUUGGUGCUCUCCUGAGAGGAAUCUUCAAAGGUUCUCCUUGCUUCCAACAAACGGGUGUUGUUAGGAGGCUCAGUGUUUAUAAGCAUUGUGUCCAAUUGGUGGAGUCGGGGGACCUGCAUUUGGAAGUUGCAUCUGAAAUUAUACGGCUGCUUAUGUUAGAGGCUCAUGAGCUGCCAGGUUCUGCAUUGGCUGACCUGGCAACUUUGUUUGUUGAAGCUGUCAAAGGUGGCAUCUUGCUCAGUGGCAGGUCUUUGGAGCUAUUUCCUACAGUUCUGACUGCACUAGCAACAGCUAAAGAGACACUGGUUUAUGGGGCAGGUGAGCUGAGUGGGGAAGAGUUUAAGAAACAGCUGAUCAAUACACUUUGUUCCAGCAGGUGGAGUCCUCAACAUGUGAUACAUCUCUCCUCCAUGUUCAGGGACAUCCCAUUGAGUGCAGAAGAGCUGCAAUUCGUGGUGGAAAAGGUCUUAAGGAUGUUCUCUCAGUUGGACCUCCAAGAAAUCCCUCCUUUAGUUUAUCAGCUUCUGUUGCUUUCUGCAAAGGGCAGCAAGAAAAACGUUUUGGAAGGGAUAAUCAGCUUUUUCAAUCAGAUGGAUAAAAAGCAAAAAGAAGAGCAGGGAAAUUCAGAAUCAAUGGACCUUGAAGAAGCCACAGUGCCCCUGGACCAACUUCGCCAUGUAGAAGGCACCAUUAUUCUGCAUAUCGUGCUGGCUAUUACUCUGGACCAGGAUUUGGGAAAAGAGCUAAUAAAAUACUUAAAGACUGAACAACAAGGGGAUCUUAGCAAGGUCUUGUGUCCCUUCAGCAUAACCAUUCUUCUCUCAGUGACCAGAAUACACCGAUUUGAAGACCAGGUCUUUGACUUUUUGAAAUCUUCAGUUAUGAAGAGUUUCAAGGACAAGCAGUUUCUUCAGGGCUCCAAGUUCCUGCAGGAAUUGGCUCCUCAAAACUAUGACAUAUCUGCCGUGGUUUUGGAAGUUGUGGCAAACAGUGUGUUUGGUUGGGAUCAUGUGACUCGGGGCCUGGUGGAUCUUGGAUUCAUCCUGAUGGACUCCUAUGGGCCAAAAAGAACUUUGGGAGGCAAAGUUGUGGAAACGAACCACGGCCUUUCUAAAACUCCAGCCCAGCAAGCUUGUAAGCUGGGAACUGAUCUCCUAUUGGAAGCCUUCAAGGUCCAUGAACCAAUCAGAAGUGAAAUACUGGAGCAGGUCCUGAACAGAGUCAUCACAAAUGCAAGCUCCCCUAUCAGCCACUUCUUAGAUCUGUUGUCCGGUAUUAUCCUGUCUGCGCCGCUCAUCCUUCAGCAGUCUUCUUCAAAAGUCGCAGAGGCUUUUGAUCAUUUGUCAUUCCUGCCUCUUGACACAGUACAAGGGUUGCUUAAGGCUGUGCAGCCGCUGCUGAAAAUUAGCAUGUCCAUGAGGGACUCCCUGAUCCUUGUUCUUCGCAAAUCAAUGUUUUCUGGGCAGCUGGAGGCCCGUAAGUCAGCAGUUGCUGGAUUUCUGCUCCUCCUAAAGAAUUUUAAGGUUCUGGGUAGCUUGACCUCCUCCCAGUGCAGCCAGGCAAUUGGUGCGAGUCAGGUCCAGGUGGAUGUUCAUACCCGCUAUAACGCAGCAGCCAAUGAGGCCUUCUGCCUAGAAAUCCUGGGCAGCUUGAGGCGAUGCUUAAGUCAGCAGGCUGAUGUCAGAUUCAUGCUCUAUGAGGGUUUUUAUGAUGUCCUGCGGAGAAACUCCCAACUGAGUAAUUCCAUUCUGGAGAUGCUGCUGUCUCAGAUAAAGCGGUAUUAUGAGCCAGAACCUGACCUGCUGCCCCCGUUAAAACUAGAGGGAUGCAUCCUGGCUCAGAGAGACCAAAUCUUCCUGCAAGAACCUUUGGCUCACCUACUCUGCUGUAUUCAGCAUUGCCUGACCUGGUAUAAGAGUACCUUAAGCCUGCGCCGACAGGCUGAGGAAGAAGAAGACCCAGAUGAUGAUGAUGAUAAUGAUGAUAAGGGUCUCCAGCAAGACUUGGAGGAGAUGCUGGAGUCGAUCACACGGCGAAUGAUCAAGAGUGAAUUAGAAGAUUUUGAACUGGAUAAGUCGGCAGACUUCUCUCAGUCUACAGGAGUAGGCUUGAAGAACAAUAUCUAUGCUAUUUUAGUGAUGGGCGUCUGUGAGGUCCUCAUUGAGUAUAACUUUAGCAUAGGGAAUUUCAGCAAGAACAAGUUUGAAGAUGUUCUGGGCCUGUUCAAAUGCUAUACCAAACUUUGCGAAAUCCUGAAAGAGAAAGCUGGGAAGAACAAACCCACUUCGGCAAAUAAAAUUGCCCGAAGCUUCCUUUCCAUGGGCUUUGUGUGCACAUUACUUACAAGUCUCUUCAGGGACUGUUCCCAGAACCACGAGGAGAGCUUGGCUGUUCUGCGCUCCAGCAAUGAGUUUAUGCGCUAUGCUGUCAAUGUGGCCUUGCAGAAAGUGCAGCAGUUGGAGGAGACGGGACAAACAGAUGGGCCUGAUGGGCAGAACAGAGAUAAGAUGUUCCAGAACCUCUGUAAAAUCACUCGAGUCCUGCUGUGGAGAUACACCUCAAUCCCAACCGCAGCUGAAGAAUCGGGCAAGAAGGAGAAGGGCAAGAGCAUCUCACUGUUGUGCUUGGAGGGUUUGCUGCGGAUCUUUAACACUGUGCAACAGCUGUAUCCAGCAAAGAUCCCACAGUUUCUGCAGGCACUGGAUAUUGCAAACGAAGAUGCGGAAGAAGACGGGGACAUUAACGUCACUGAGAAAGCGGCCUUUCAGAUUCGACAGUUUCAGAGGUCAUUAGUGAACCAGCUCAGCAACGCUGAUGAUGACUUCAGCAGCAAGGAAGCACUUCUGUUAAUCAACAUCCUUGCAACUCUUUCCAAACUGUUGGAGCCCUCCUCCCUCCAGUUCAUGCAGCUGUUAUCCUGGACAGUCAAGAUUUGCAAGGAAACUAGCCUAGAUGAUGCCCCUUGCUGCAAGGGCUUGCUAGCCCUGCUGUUCAGUCUGCAUGUUCUCAUCAAGAGCCCAGGCAGUGUAUUGCGUGAGCUUGCCCAGGAUAUCCAUGCUCAGCUUGGGGACAUAGACCAGGAUAUUGAAAUGGAGCACCAGUCCCACUUUGCUAUUGUGAACGCCAAGACAGCAGCUCCUACAGCUUGUUUACUGAUUUUGAGUCGAGCAGAGAAGGUCCUCGAAGAGGUGGACUGGCUGAUCAAUAAGAUGAAAAGUCAUUUGGGACUGGAGGCAGCAGAUGCCUCUCAAGCAGCAAGCCCAGCCCAGCCUCUGGAAAAGGCAAUCAUUCUUCAGCUUGGGACUUUGUUGACUGCAUACCAUGAACUGGUACAAACAGCCUUGCCUCCGGGAAGCUGUGUGGACACACUGCUCAGGAGUGUCAGCAAGAUGUACACCACUCUUACAACCCUUGUGAAAUAUUAUCUCCAAGUAUGCCGAACCACAACAUGGGCGAUUCCAGGACGGCUAGAAAAGCUGGUUAGACUCUCUGGCUCCCACUUGACCCCCCAGUGUUAUGCCUUCAUCACAUAUGUGCAGAAUAUCCAGAGUGAAAACUUGAGCAUGGCAGGAGAAAAGAAAAAGAAGAAAAAGGACAAGACAACAGCUGAGGUGUCCACCGUCAUGGCCAAAGUGUUGCGGGAAUCCAAGCCAAUUCCUAACUUGAUUUUUGCCAUAGAACAAUAUGAGAAUUUUCUGAUCCAUCUCUCGAAAAAGUCAAAGGUCAACCUGAUGCAAUAUAUGAAACUGAGCACCUCCCGGGACUUCCGUAUCAAUGUGUCUACUUUGGAGAGCGCUCUACAGGAACAGAAUGAUGAAGAUAGGGAGAAUGAGCCAGCCAACGACCAGAGCACUGCAUCUACCCAAUCCAACAACAGCCAGGAACCCAAAACUAAGAGGCGACGUAAAAAAUAAGAGCUGCCUUGGUCAUUCCCAAGUGACUACUGUAGCUUGGUUCUGCUUGCCCUGCGAAGCAUUAAUGGAGAA